GAUUGAUGAUCUGAUCUCGGACUCUACUAAUCAUCUUUCCAUUCCAAUAUUUCUGACAGGGUUUUACCUCCACACUUCCAUCUGAUCCGCUGGAGCUGAAUUUGAGGAGCUUCACUGCGUUCUGCUGGAAACAUCAAGAUAUGAGUGGUGUGCAGCCUUCUCCUGCUACCCUACUACCUACAGGACAAAAAUGUAUCCCUGCAAGAACAUCACUAGUUCCAACUGAGAUGGUCUCCUUUGUUGUGAUUAAAUGUGAGGAUCUGGAAUCCACAGAGAUCUCUAGUAGUCAUCAAAGCUCAUCUGGUACUUCCCACACUAGUGCUCCUUGCAGAGAAGUGAAAAAUGAAAUUCACCAGUGCCCAGAGUGUGGCAAGAUCUUUAGUCAGAAGAGGACUCUGAAGGAGCACCAGCGCAUCCACACAGGAGAGAAGCCGUAUCAUUGUUUAGACUGUGGGAAGAGUUUCAGUCAAAAUGGACAUUUCAAGAAACACCAGCGGAUUCACUCUGGUGAAAAGCCGUAUCAGUGUCCUCAGUGCAGCAAGAAUUUUACGAGUCAGAGCGAUCUUCAGCGGCAUCAGCGCACUCACUCAGGGGAGAAGCUGUACCAGUGUACGCAGUGCGAGAAGAGUUUUAUUGAGCGCAGCAAUCUUGUAAAGCACCAGCGGGUUCACACUGGAGAAAAGCCGUAUCAGUGCUCGGACUGUGGGAAGAGUUUUACCCAAAACUGUAACCUCCAGAAACACCUGCGCACUCACACCGGAGAUAAACCAUUUCACUGCUUAGAGUGUGGGAAGAGUUUUACUCAAGAAAUUAACCUCCAAAUACACCAACGUGUCCACACGGGGGAGAAACCGUACCACUGUACACUCUGUGGAAAGAACUUUACCAACCAGACUAAUCUUCUGCGACAUCAGCGCAUUCACACGGGCGAGAAACCGUAUCAGUGCUCAGAGUGCGAGAAGAGUUUUAUAGAGAAAGGUUUCCUGAUGCAACACCUACGGACUCAUACAGGAGAGAAACCGUAUCAGUGUUCAUACUGCGGGAUGAGUUUUACACAGAGGGGUAACCUCAGAACACAUCUACAUGUUCACACAGGAGAUAAACCGUAUAAGUGUUUAGAGUGCGGGAAGAGUUUUAUCCAGGAAGCCAAUCUUCAAGUGCACCAACACGUUCACACUGGGCAGAAACCGUAUUUCUGCUCAGCAUGCGGGAAGAGCUUUAGUAGGCAUAGUAGUUUCCAGCGACACCAGCUCAUCCACACUGGAGAGAAACCAUAUCAGUGUUCAGAUUGUGGUAAGAGCUUUACACAAAGGGGUAACCUCAGAAAACAUCUACAGGUUCACACCGGAGAAAACCCGUAUGAGAUUCUGGAUUGUGGUACGAGUUCUACUGAUUAAGCUGAUGAAACCCCAGAGGAUGCAGACAGUAGAGGUGUUUUAGUAGAUGUAGGAACACAAGCUCCAUCACAGGGAUCCAGGAGAUCCAGGACAUUGCACUCUUCUUUUUAGAGAAAAGUGUAGGGAUUAUCUAGAUCACUUCAGUGUUUUUUCAGGUCAAGGGCAACCACAUUAUACCAAGCAUCAGACCUGGAAGUCAAUGUGGUGUCCAGGCAGGUACGAACAAGGAGCAACCCAAUCCGCUCCACCAGCAGUGUUUAUACACAUUGGUAGAAAGAUAUACCAAAUUAUACUUUUAUUUAACUUUUAUAUUUUGGAAUGAUAUUUCUUUCCUAUCACUAUGAGCUGAUGUCAUGGCAUUAGGGGUAUAAUGAUACAAUGCUAAAUGAUGCAUCACGAUGCAAAAUUGUAACGAUUGAUCUUAUGUACAUGAGCACCAACACAGAAUGGUGUAAAAGUCAUUAAUAGUUUUGGAUUUCCAUUGUACUAAAAGAAAUUAUAUAAAUUAUAUAUUUGAUUGUUUAAUAAAGUUGGGAUUUGA